AUGAGGCGCAAGUUCGUCGGCCUCAUCGCCGCCUUCAGCAUCCUUUUAACGAUACGUAUACGUGGAGUUCAGGCGGCCGACGACGAAAAUGGCUGCGAUCGGUACGUGAAGUGCCGCAACGAGCUUCUCCGACGCCAAUGGAGUUGCGCCGAGCAAAAUCGUCGAAUUGUGCAGCACACCUGCAAAAUCGGCAAGCUUUAUAGAGACCACACGUCGACAUCAUAUCGCAUCGAAUCGGAAUUCGGCGAGUGCACGGCGCGCUACUCGGCAAUCUCCGACAUCAAUCAACUAUUAGAAACCGAUCCGACGUGCACCGCCUUGGCUUACAAUCCAGUCACAGCGGGCACGAAUUGUUGGAGCGACGUGAUACGCAUCACACAACAAUGCUAUAUGCUGUCGCGUUGUUGUCCGGUGGCGCAGAAGUGCACGCGCGUCGUCGACGAGAACGUCAUCAGCGAGCAGUUCGAGCUCGAGAAAAGCGCGCUCAAAGUCCAAUUGGAGGGAUGCGUCGUCGAAAUGGAUUCGAUUGUCAGAGACGGCAAUUCGGCGAAUGAUGAUGCAAUAAUUGCGCAGAAGGUGUCAAAUUCGGCGAGACAUUUGUUGCGCACCGUCGUGCCGUUUCGAAUUGUCGCCGCGAUGGAUAAGACGAAAAUGAGGAAGACGAUAAUCAAGAAGCGAUUGCACAAGAAUUUUCAAAGCGCCAAGGAAUUCGCCGCGCCAAUCACAAAAUCAUGGAAUUUCAAACCGCGUCGACAAUUUCGCCAUAAAUAUGGGAUUUCAAAGCCGAAAUAUGCGACGUAUGUGCGAGCCGGCCAAAAUAAUUACUUUCACGUUGAGCCGCCGACGUCGUCGUUGCGGCCGUUCACCGAACUUCAUGAAGGCAGCCGAAGUGUGUCGACACAACCGCCGGCGUUCUCGCCGUUCACAUUCAACAAGCGAAAAUUGAAGAAGCGCAGAAGGCAUCGCAAGAAGAAGCACAGCACCAAGUACACAACGAUACCGCUUCAGCACGCGUUCGUCACCAAAGAAUCGAGGGCGAAUCGAUUGAAGAGUAUUCAUAAGCUCGACGAGCUCUCAAGAGACUUGAAGCAAAAAGGCGAGUAUUUGAGGAAUUUCAUUCCAAAAAUGUUGCUCGUCCGUCAGAAUGAGGGCACGUUUCUCGGCUACGCGCAACCCUACGCGAAGCAAAUCGAUUCCGAUUUGAAGCCGAAAAAAUCCAAUUCGGUUGAUCAGAUCUAUGAUGAUAUCAUUGAGUCGCAGGCGGGCGAAUCGACGACGAUGGCAGUGGAUGAUCGACAACAGCUGCCGCCGUGGAAGCCGCCGGUCUUCGACGCCGGCCGCCAGAAUCCGCCACCAUUCACACCGCCGCCUGACAGCAGCGAGGGAUUCGUGAAUAGCAAUGGAGCGUGGACUGUGGAUCCGCCGAGUAGCGAGGCGACGUCGGCGGCUCCAGUGACGGCGAUCACAUUCCCGCCGAUCAUUAGUCGGGUGACGUUCCCGACAUUGCGAUCCACCACGGAAGCCUCCACCACCACCACGACAAACGCCGCCGCGAUUUCGGAACCACCUCGAUCGCCUCCAGAAGUGGAUCCUUUAAUCGACUACAUCACCCACGAGCUUCUCGACAAACAUAUGGAGUUGCCGAAGACGGACGACGAUUUCGAUUUCUCCAGUUCCGACUACAUCGACAUUAGCGCCAUUGAUAUUCCGCCGACGACAACGCCGCAGUUUGCGCACGCGCGCUACGAGCAGGCGAAUUCGUCGGUCAGCUGGCCGAUGCAGCCGUCGUUCGCUGUCGAUGAGACGGCGCCGCCGCAAUUCCGAACGACGGCGGCGCCGGUCAGCGCCGACGAGCUGAGCGCCGCGCAGGCCAACAAUCUCAUACCGCUGCCGAUGACCGCCGACAAAUUCGGCACCGAUGACGUCACACCGUCGGCGUUCAGCAGCACACCGCCGACGCUCGACAACCAAUUGUGGCCGAUUCCGAUCAGGAAACGCAAGAUGAUGGGCGCAGCGAUGAAAGCAAUGAAUCCGAUUGUGAUUCUACCAGUCACUACGAAGAAGCCUGAUCCAUUCAACAAAGUUGUUGGAAGAACGGUGAAAACUGGAUGCCAGAGGUACGAGAAGUGUUUGAAGAAAGAGUAUGAGAUGAGGCUCAAAUGCUUCAAGGAGUAUCCGCCAGCUUUUGAUAAAUGCUCAGAGCAGCUCCUUCCUCUAUACAAGUUGAUUGAUGAGGCGGCCAAUAGCAAAUUGAACUAUCUCAUUGGAUGUGUUAACCGAAAGGCGUUUAUGAAUUCGAGUUGUCGAACGUCGGCGCCUUUGAGGGAGUCGGACGUUGAUUGUGAGAACGUUGUUGAAUGGUCGAGAUAUUGUCGCGAAUUGGAGGAGUGUUGUCCGGCGCGCGGUCAUUGCGAGUCGCAAGCCGCCAACGAUCAUGCUGGAAUUCGGCUCAAAUUGCUGGAAAAAUCGUUUGCGCUUCGCGCGUCCGCGUGCCAAUUCAAACGCGCCAAACGAAUUGUUUGA